CUUAUCGAUAGGUCCGCACAGCAAGCAAAGCAAAGGGAAAAACAGAGAAGAGAAGAGGAGAAACGGAGAAGAAAACAGAGGAGGCAGCAGAGCAAAAAGCAGGAAAGGAUUGGUUUGUGUUGGAUUGGCUAGGAAAUCGGGAGAGAAUCAAGGCAUCGUACAGGAUGAACAACGGAUUCAGCACGGGCGAGGAGGAUAGCCGCGGGCACACGGAUCAAACCUGCUGCCUGAUCGACGACAUGGAGCGGUGUCGCAACCAAGCCGGCUAUGCCAGCUACUCCAAACGCAUUCAGAAGACGGUGGCCCAGAAGCGCCUGAAGCUAAGCAGCGACCCAGCCGCGCAGCACAUCUACAUCUGCGACCACCACAAGGAGCGCAUACAGUCGGUGCGCACCAAGCGGCGUCGCAAGGACAGCGAGGACGACAGCAACGAGACGGACACGGACCUGCACGAGUUCCCAGAUCUCUACCAGCUGCACGUCAGCACGCUGCGCCGCUACAAGCGCCACUUCAAGGUCCAGACGAGGCAGGGCAUGAAGCGGGCGCAGCUGGCGGAUACCAUUAUGAAACACUUCAAGACAAUACCCAUCAAGGAGAAGGAGAUCAUCACAUUCUUCGUGUACAUGGUGAAGAUGGGCUCGAAUAAGCUGGACCAGAAGAAUGGCCUUGGCAACGACACCACCUGAAGGCGCGUCGGCGGGCGGAGGGAGGAGGAGGACGCCGACGACGUCUACUCCUUCUAACGCUGGCCAAACGCCAACUAACACUUCUCACAUUGUUGCUGCAUUUGCUGAACGUCGGCAUUGUUCACCCGAAUAAGGAAAUACGAAAAUACUGAUAGCGAAAUGUCCUUCUCAUCUGUAACCCCCUGUAUCCCCGAACCUACACCUACACCACCACUGCCCGAACUCCUUUCCCCAGCUCCCCGGCAUGCAAUUAUUAUUGAAAGGAAAUAUGCAAUGAAAGAACGUAAGGAAAAAGGCAACUGGUGCUCCCAAAAAAUAGUAUAUCGCGAUAAAACGUAAACUUAAUCUUAAACAAAAAAAUUUACAAAACUAAUUGUAGCCUUGGUCCGUUGUUAAUAGCUCUUUAUACACACAUUACAUUAAAUAAACUAUGUAAAUUUACAAGAGAAUUAACGGAAAACACA